GAUGAAAUCACUAGUUUGUCAUGAAGAUCCUUAAUCACCUUAUAGCUCUUGUUUUCUGGCCGAGCCUUUGCCUGGCUUAUCCUCCGAUGCGGCCAGUCCAAAAGAGCUUAACCUACUUCGGCAGCUAUGGAGAAAUCGGAAGGGCCGGACCCGAGGGUGGUUUCCAGGCGUACACGCAGUACGGCCAAGGUGGCAAUGGCGGUCUCUCUUUUGACAUACCCGUCUACAGCUACAUAGACGGACUCGGAUCCCUCGGUAACGGUGACGGCCAAAAAGGUGACGAUUACCCUGGAUACGGCUACGGUCUGGGAUACUUUGGCGGCCUUCCCACCUACCUCCAAAAAUACUACGGCUCACAGAAAAAGUACUAAG